AUGCAAACUAUUAAUUUAUACAAACAAAGAACAAAUAUUGAAUAUUUAGUAACAAAUGGAUGCUAUAUGCAAAAUGUUUACCAAAGAUAUUUAGAGGAAGGUUGUCGUGAGAGAAUGCCGGACGACAUUUUUUCCGUUCAUCCCGUACUUGAUAUUAAGACAAAUAUUUCUUAUUUAAACAUGUAUUGCUAUUUAUGCAACAUGCCACGAUUUAAUUUCAUUCCAUCAUCGUCAAAACCAUGGGAUAUCGAAAUCUACUGCUCGGUAUUCAUUGAUUUCAAAAGCUUUCUUACAAUGGCAAAUUUACUAGAUACAAUAAAAAGAUCACGAUGUAAUGUUACAUAUCUUCCAUUAGAGAAGAGCGACCUUCCACAUAACGUUGCCUAUUGCUUAAAGACUGAUACAAUGUACAAUGGAAUCUGUAAUUCUUCAGGAAAGUGGUUUGUUUAUGAUGACCACGUACGGUAUGCUUGCGAGAAAAUUGCUUUUGGGGCUCUUUCUGAAUUCUAUCGCCUACGUUUAAAACCUAGAUGUGAGCAUCCAUAUAAAAACGUAUAUUGUGCCUUAUGUAACCCAGAACACACAGAAAAUAUCACAAUAAAAGACUGCAAUGUAACCGGUGAUGCACCUGCAUUUGAUGAACUAACUUUAACUGCGUGUAAUUUUUUCCCCGAAGUUAAUGUUUAUCCUCCGUAUAAAAAUCUUUUUUGUAGAGAUUGUAAUAUUGGUAAACAAGGGGCGGCUUGUGCUGGUCAAAGUAAAUUCUUACCCGAGGUCUUCUGGACAGACCCUUUACAAUGGUUGCCAAUCUACAGAAAUUUAUUUUCCUGCACGGAAUUGAAAAAAACGUUAUCCUUAAGGAAACAUUCCAUAUGUAAUUCAGCACAAAUAUAUGACUCUUUAUCGGAUCAAUGCAGAAACAUAACUUGUUAUCCUGGAAAAUUUUACAUUAAUGGAAAAUGUCUAGCUCUAUUUCCUGAAACCAAAAACUUGGGAUAUAUUUUAAUUGCCAGUUUCAAGGGUAAUGUGUCUUCAAUAUUUCCUGUCAAAAAGCUGUUGCAGACAAUACACCAUACAGUGAAAAAUAAUACAAUCCACGACCUGAUGAUCCAACACACCGAUCCACUGGAAGAAGUCAUUAUUCAAAUUGAUCAGCCUUGUCUCACAAAGGAACAGUCUUUGUCAUUUCUUAACUUUACUGGAAGUAUUGCUCUGAAGAUGUUCAUCAAAUCAAGAAAAUCCUACGGUUAUGAUUCUUUUGAUAUAUUUCCUAAUGGAUCGGCUAGAGUUUGUAUUACAGACUUUGAAACUAAGGAGAGUUUUAUAGUCAAAGAAGAAAAAAAUGAGAGAUUUACAGACAAAAAACACGAUCUUUGGGUAAAAUACAGGAAAACACAGAAUCGAAUUCAGAAAAAUGUUCCGAGAUUACCAAGCUGUAAAUUCAAUGUAAAGGGUAAAGAUUAUGAAGAGUGA